AUGCUAAGAGCUUUUAAGACUGCUAUACCACGCAGUAAUGUGGUGGUAAGGAGACAAGGAGGUUUGAAUACUUUUUCCCUCCUAUCAAGAAGAUGCACAAACAAUGACUUGAGGUUGAUGGCUUUAAGUAAGAGAUGCUUUGCUACAGAUACUUUUUUACAAGGAAACAAUUCCAACUAUGUCGACGAGAUGUACGAGGCUUGGAAGCAAGACCCUUCAAGUGUUCAUGCCUCUUGGAACGCUUAUUUCAAAAAUAUCGAAAAUGACAAUAUUCCUCCAUCGAUGGCUUUUCAGGCUCCACCUACUUUGGUUCCACACGUUUCCGGUGGUGCCGCUGGUAUAUAUCCCAAAUCUUCAGGUGGCGGCAACGAAGAUGUUGUUACUCACUUGAAGGUGCAAUUACUAGUUAGAGCCUACCAAGUGAGAGGUCACCAAAAGGCUAAAAUCGAUCCAUUGGGAAUAUCGUUUGGCGAUAGUGCAAAAACACCAAAGGAAUUGACUUUGGACUAUUAUGGGUUCACUGAAAAGGACUUGGAUAAGGAAAUUACCUUGGGCCCGGGUAUUUUACCAAGAUUUGCUCAAGAUGGUAGAAAGGCAUUAACAUUGAGAGAAAUUAUUAAGAUAUGCGAGGAGUUGUACUGUUCAUCUUAUGGUGUGGAAUAUGUCCACAUCCCUUCAAAAGAACAAUGUGACUGGUUAAGAGAGCGAAUUGAGAUUCCUCAACCAUUUAAAUAUUCACAAGAUCAAAAGAGGCAGAUUUUGGAUCGUUUGAUUUGGGCUACUUCAUUCGAAUCAUUCUUGUCUACCAAAUUUGCAAACGACAAGAGAUUUGGUUUGGAAGGUUGUGAGGCUAUGGUGCCUGCUAUGAAAGCUUUGAUUGAUACCUCGGUGGAAUAUGGUAUCGAGGAUGUUGUUAUUGGUAUGGCACACAGAGGAAGAUUGAACAUGUUGUCCAAUGUUGUUCGUAAACCAAAUGAAUCGAUUUUCUCAGAAUUCUCAGGUUCAAGAGAAUUUGACGAAGGUUCAGGAGAUGUUAAAUAUCACUUGGGUAUGAAUUACGCUAGACCAACUACUUCGGGUAAACAUGUCAAUUUGUCCCUAGUUGCCAAUCCAUCCCAUUUGGAAGCCGAAGAUGGUGUAGUUUUGGGUAAAACGCGUGCUAUCCAACAAUAUAAAGGCGAUGUAGGCGAGUUCAAGAAAGCAAUGUCCGUUUUAUUGCACGGUGAUGCGGCAUUUGCGGCUCAAGGUGUUGUGUAUGAAACAAUGGGGUUCGCCAACUUGCCAGCUUAUUCUACUGGUGGUACCAUUCAUGUUAUUGUUAACAAUCAAAUUGGUUUCACCACUGAUCCAAGAUUUGCUCGAUCUACUUUAUACCCAUCAGAUAUUGCCAAGAGUAUUAAUGCUCCGAUAUUCCAUGUAAAUGCAGAUGAUGUUGAAGCAUGUACUUUUGUAUUCAACUUGGCUGCUGAAUGGAGAGCCACUUAUCACACAGAUUGUAUUAUUGAUGUUGUUGGAUACAGAAAACAUGGUCAUAAUGAAACUGAUCAGCCAUCAUUUACUCAACCAUUGAUGUACAAAGCAAUUUCCAAGAAAAAAUCUGUUAUUGACGUUUAUUCUAAACAAUUGAUUGACGAAGGAACAUUUACCGCCGAAGAUAUCGAUGAGCAUAAGAAAUGGGUCUGGAACAUUUUGGAGGAAUCGUUUGCCAAGGCCAAGGACUAUGAGCCAACAUCAAGAGAAUGGUUGACAACCCCUUGGGAAGAUUUCAAAUCACCAAAGGAAUUAGCCACUGAGGUUUUGCCACACUAUCCAACAGCUGUGGAUGAAGCAAUAUUAAAAAAGAUUGGUGCUGAUAUCUCUGAAGUACCAGAAGGUUUUGAAGUUCACAGAAACUUGAAGCGUAUUUUGAACCAAAGGAAAAAGACCGUUGAGUCAGGUGAAGGUAUAGACUACGCUACUGGUGAAGCACUUGCUUACGGUUCCUUGGCUCUUGAAGGUUACCACGUUAGAGUUUCUGGUCAAGAUGUUGAAAGAGGUACAUUUUCACAAAGACAUGCAGUUUUACAUGACCAGAAAUCAGAAAGCACGUGGACUCCAUUGGCUCACUUGAGUGAAGAUCAAGGUGUCUUUAGUAUAUCCAACUCAUCAUUGUCCGAGUAUGGUGUUCUUGGGUUUGAGUAUGGUUAUUCGUUAACAUCGCCAGAUGCUCUCGUUGAAUGGGAAGCACAAUUUGGUGAUUUCGCCAAUACUGCCCAAGUUGUUAUUGAUCAAUUUAUUGCUGGUGCUGAGUCUAAAUGGAAACAGAGAUCAGGUAUUGUUUUGUCGUUACCUCAUGGAUAUGAUGGCCAAGGUCCCGAGCACUCUUCAGGUAGAAUUGAAAGAUAUUUGCAAUUGUGUAAUGAAGAUCCCCGUUAUUUCCCAACACCGGAGAAAUUAGAACGUCAACAUCAAGACUGUAAUAUGCAAGUUGCAUAUCCAACAACUCCAGCCAAUGCUUUCCAUUUGUUGCGUCGUCAAAUGCAUAGACAAUUUAGAAAGCCAUUAAUCUUAUUCUUUUCCAAAUCAUUGUUACGUCAUCCAUUGGCUAGAUCCAAUUUGAGUGAAUUUACAGGAGAUUCGCAUUUUGAAUGGAUUAUUGAAGAUGUAUUGGGCGACAAGUCAGAAGUUAAACGAGUUGUAUUACUCACUGGUCAGGUAUAUGCCGCAUUGCAUAAAAGGCGGGCACAAUUGGAAGAUAAGUCGACUGCAUUCAUCAAGAUUGAACAGUUAAACCCAUUCCCAUUUGCACAAUUGCGCGAUGCAUUAGAAGGGUAUACAAAUAUUGAAGAUUUAGUAUGGGCACAAGAAGAGCCUUUGAAUAUGGGUGCUUGGUCGUUCAUUGUACCUAGAGUUAGAUCUACAUUACAGGAAACUGAAAAGUAUAAGGAUUUAAAGAUUAGAUAUGCUGGUAGAGAUCCAAGUGCUUCCGUUGCUGCUGGUACUAAAGCUAUGCAUUUAGCUGAAGAAGAAGAAGUUUUGGAACAAGUUUUUCAAUAG